AACGAUCAUCAACAUGAUGGGACAUUUAUCGAACUCGUGAACGAAGAAUGAACAGGCAAAUCGAGACAGAUAUGAUGGUACAAUAUUUAGUGGCUAUCAUAACAGUCGUCCUGUCGUUCGCUGUAAAUUUGUAUCGUGUCUACCUGGUGUUGCAGAACAAUCACGAGAUAGAAAAUGUGGUCAUCUCCGUGCUAAUUUUCUUGGUGCAUUUCAUGAUUAUGCUCAUGAAUAAUUAUAGCGGACAGAGGUUGAUAAACAAUGGCGUAGAUUUCUUUCAUAACACAUACGAUACGUUCUGGUACUGCAUACCGCUGAGAUCGCAGAAACUCUUAUUAUUUAUAAUGAUGAGAAGCAUAAACGAAGUGAAGUGCAAUCUCGCCGGCUUAUUUGCACCGUGUUACGAAGGUUUUACAACGAUGAUGAGCUCGUCCUUCUCGUAU